AUGUCGGCGGACGUCGUGCCGCCGGCCGGGGGCAAGCUACACGCGGCCAGCCAUCCUGAGACGAUCGCGGGGCAACGGCGACCCCCUACGAAGACGUCGUCCCCAAACCCAAAAAGUGACAGGGAAGUGCAACAUAUGAAGAAGAGAGUGAAGCAAACGGAGCCGCCGGCGCAAGCUGUUCGGUACACGAGGGUCCGAGCAAAUCAGAUGGAUCAGGUACUACCCCGCCGCUAA